CCAGAGGAAGCUGAGGGUCAACAGAUGUUUCCAAAACACCAGUUCAGAAGGCCACACCGUCCAAACUGGAGCAGAGGCCUUCAUCUUGGUCUCGUAGAAGCAUGCCUUCCCCAGAUUUGACAGAAGACGGCUUCCGUGCAUCUAAGAAGAGGUCUUCAGCCCAGAAGACCAAGAGUUCAGGAAGCAGGAGAGAUGGACCAUCAGAGGCCAGCAGUGCCUACAGAGAGGUUCUGGACAUGCAGAAGGAGAUGGUUCGGUCUUUAACAGAGCAGAACCAGGCCCUGGGGGCAGACAGGAGGGUGCUGGAGCAGAGGUGUACAGAACAGAGCCUGCAGCUGCAGAGGGCCACCAGAGGGUCCAGAGUCUGGAGCGGGAACUCAGCAAGGCCCUGUCCCUACAGCAGCUCCCCUGUAGGUGAACAGGCAGAGCUGCUGAGUCUGAGGCAGCAAGCCCAGGAGGUGGUCGACGAGAACGACAGCCUGAAGAUGACCGUCCAUCGCCUCAACGUGGAGCUCAGCCGCUACCAGACACGCUUCAGACCCCUGAGCAAAGAAGAG